AUGACAGACAUAUUGCGUUUGUCUUCAACUUCAAGCUCCAUUACACGUGUAUUGCCCACGAACAAUGAUGGGUUUCACCAACAGGCUUUUCUUAACGAUGAAUCCCUGAUUAAUAAUGGGCGCCCUGUAGCUUUUUACAGGAGAAAUAAUGGUAUACAAGAGGCAGAACAACAAGGAGGAGAUGUGGAUCAGUUUUCUGUUUUAGAAGUUUUACUGAGUGUUUUUAGGAAAUCUUUGGUGGGCUGCCGGAGUACGACGGCGGAUAGUGUCGGAGUUAAGCGGCUGAUGGAGAUUGGUUGGCCUACAAAUGUUAGACAUGUAGCUCAUGUCACCUUUGAUAGGUUCAAUGGGUUUCUUGGACUCCCCGUUGAGUUUGAACCUGAAGUUCCUAGAAGACCUCCAAGUGCAAGUACAAGAGUUUUUGGAGUUUCAACAGAGUCUAUGCAACUUUCUUUCGACUCCAGAGGUAAUUGUGUGCCUACAAUACUUCUAAUGAUGCAAAGACGCUUGUACUGCCAAGGUGGACUGCAGUCGGAAGGAAUCUUUAGAAUAAAUGCGGAGAAUGGCCAGGAAGAGUAUGUUAGGGAACAGCUAAAUAAUGGAGAGGUGCCUGAUAACAUUGAUGUUCAUUGUUUAGCUGGUCUUAUUAAGGCUUGGUUUAGAGAACUGCCACAAGGGGUGUUGGACCCUCUUUCACCGGAGCAAGUUAUGCAGGCUCAAUCAGAAGACGAGUGCACUCAUCUUGCUAGGCUACUCCCGCCUACAGAGGCUGCGCUAUUGGACUGGGCAAUAAAUUUGAUGGCCGAUGUUGCUCAGUUGGAACAUCUGAACAAAAUGAAUGCACGUAAUAUAGCUAUGGUAUUUGCCCCAAACAUGACUCAGAUGUCAGAUCCUUUGACGGCAUUAAUGUUUGCAGUCCAAGUAAUGAAUUUUCUCAAGACUCUGAUAGAGAAAACCUUGAGAGAAAGAGAAGAUUCUGUAGUAGAUGCAGCUCGUGUGAAACAAAUUGAGCCUGCUGAUGAAGACGAUCAUCGUGGCACUGUGGAACCAAUAAUCUGGAAGGCCAUUGAGGUAAGUGAAGGCGACCAAAUUAAUGUAGCAGAUGAACCACUAUCUAAUGAUGCAGAAAACUCUUCUUGGGCAGAAUUUAAUUGUACUAGCAAUGAAACACCUUGUUUUCUAAGCUCUAUCGAGAAUAUUCUUCCCAAUGGAAAGGAACAUGCGACCAUGCCUUGCCCUAGCAAUAUCACGAAUCGUGUUGACUCGACAAAGGAUAGAUUUGGAGGCGGUAACACUUCUGCGAAAAGUAGACUGUCCCAAUCAAAAAGCCGGAGGACUAAAACAGGGAAACCAAGUAAGAAUGGUGCCAAAAAGGUUAUUCAGCCAUCGGCUGUCCAUGUUCCUGAGAACUCAGAAAAGAGCAAGGAAAAAAGCAUCACUAGCCUCUUGAAUUCACAAACAGAACGGGUCGAAGCCUGGAGGAUUCGUUUAUAUGCUAUUCAAUUCUGCGUGGCGUUAUUCCCAGAUUUCUUCUUCUCACUAUAG